AUGGUUGAAGCUAGUAAAUAUUGGUUUGAUAAAGCCUGUAGUGCUUGUGAAUGUCACACAUUAAUCCAUCCUUGGACAUAUAAAUGCUCUGAUGCUACAACAACAAUGCUGAUGAGUUGUAUAAAAGGAAGCUAUAAAUUUUAUGCCAUGGUUUAUCUUAUUCAAAUAUUAAUGAGAGGCAAAAAGUUGAGCAAGAAGGAGAUAAUCGAGCAAUUUAAGCUAUAUUUCAAAUCGGGAAUAUUUGGUCUCACAGUUGGUAGCUCCUUUGUAACAUUAAAUUGUAUUUUUAGGAAGCUAUUCUUCAGUCAGUUCAAUUAUUACACAACGGUUUUAUUGCCGUGCACAGUUAGCGGUUUGGCGGUUUACUUUGAACCCCCAUAUAGAAGAGUGUUAGUGGUCAACUUGUUUGUUAAUCUGGUGUUUGAGUAUUGGUUGCGUACAUUGGAAGUAAAAGGAUGGCUUCGACGUACACCUGGGCGCGAAACGAUUAUAUUCAUGCUCGGUAGUGCUGUUUUUUUCUAUCUCAUGCGAUUGGAAAGAGAGAACACUAAACGGACGCCAUUGUUUUGGUUCUUUACACCUCCACGAGUGUCCAAAGAAGUAGGCGAGCCCGUACAUGGCAUCGAGGGGAGAAGUCCGGCGUGCCCACAUAAAGGACCCUGUAUGAAUUACAUAUUUAGGGGCGCAGCUCAGUUAUUCGGCGUCGGGGUCAUAAUGACGUCUUUAAGGACAAUCAUUCCCAGAAUACUAACUCCGGCGAAAGCGCUGAAGUCCUUGAAGUUUUCACACUUAAAACUUGGAUUGUUCUUUGGAGGUUACAUUGGAAUAUAUCGGCUGAUAGUGUGUCUUCUGUGCCGCGCGAAUGGCAGAGAUAGUGCGCUAUAUGCAAUACCCGCGGGAUUCCUCGCCGGAGCGGCCUUCAGAGCCUCACCGUCUACACCAAUCGCUUUAGCACCAGUUACAUCUACAUUACAGAUUCUUUUUUCAUGGCUAUAUCAAAGAGGCACUAUACCAGAUAACUGGCCAUUAGUGGAAAUAUUGUACUGCGUCUGUCAAGGACUGCUGUUCCACGCCCGCGUCAUGCACGAAGAUGUUUGCCCCAGAUAUAUAAUAAACUUAAUGCGCACCGUCACUAGUAAUAAAGCCGAUGAAGUUCAAGCAGCGUUCAUACAAAAAAUACUUAGUGCUAACUGCCUCGGUGGUGUAGUGGCUAGCAUGUACGGCUGCACACUCGGAGGUCCUGGAUUCGAGUCCCGGGUCGGGCCAAGUUUAGUUAUUGAGUCUUUCUGUAUAGUAAGUCUCAGUAACAGCCCGGAGUUGGGAAGUUGGCGGUGUGUCACCCCCGUGCCUCGGAAAGCACGUAAAGCCGUCGGUCCUGCGCCGACACUCUCACCGGUCGUGUCUCGCGUCGUCCCACCGGAGUAUGAGAGUGACAGGAACAGAGAGUGCACGUUGUGUCUGCGCGUACACGCGCUGCACUAUAAUAUCUCCUGCGCAGUUGGC